CUUCGUUUCUCCACACAACUAUCUCUUAAAAUCCUCCAAAAAAUGGCUACUCAAAGAGUAAUCCUCUUUCUUUUCACCUUAACCAUCAUAACCAAAACCGUGUUUUCACAACACUGCAGUACAACCGGUUGUGCGGGUAAUCUAUGCUGCAGUAGAUAUGGAUACUGUGGCACCACACCCGCCUACUGCGGCACCGGGUGUAGAAGUGGACCUUGCAGCUCCACACCUGUCUCACCAACUCCUGAUGGUGGCACAGGCGGUCUUAACGCUGAUCCUCGUGAUACAAUUGCAAACGUUGUUACACAAUCGUUUUUCGAUGGUAUCAUGAGCAAAGUGGGAAACGGCUGUCCAGCAAAAGGGUUCUACACUCGACAGGCUUUCAUCGAUGCAGCUCAAUCUUUCCCAGCAUAUCAAGGAGCCGUCUCUAAGCGUGAGAUUGCCGCCAUGUUGGCUCAGUUCUCACACGAAUCUGGAAGUUUUUGUUACAAAGAAGAAAUAGCGAGAGGAAGGUACUGCCAAGCUAGCACAGUAUAUCCUUGUCAACCGGGAAAGGACUACUACGGUCGCGGUCCGAUCCAAAUCACAUGGAACUACAACUAUGGUGCAGCCGGAAAGUUCCUUGGACUCCCUCUCUUGACUGAUCCAGAUAUGGUGGCUCGUAGCCCUGAAGUUGCCUUUAAGUGUGCCAUGUGGUUCUGGAACCAAAAUGUUCGUCCAGUCCUGGACCAAGGCUUUGGAGCUACCACGAGGAAGAUCAACGGUGGCGAAUGUAACGGUCGACGUCCUGCAGCGGUUCAAAGCAGAGUUGACCACUACUUGGAGUUCUGUAGGACGUUUGGCAUCACUCCUGGAACUAGUCUUAGUUGCUAAAGAUGUUAAUUAAAUGUGAUUUAGAUGCCGUUCCAUGGUAUGAUGUUUGUCUUAAUGACCCUUAUGAGCUAAUAAAAAGGUGUUGAAUAAA